CUGACGUCUAGCAGUGUCUUGGGAAGCCUCCUCCGGCUGCCUCCUCCAGUGGCUGCUGAGACUCAUGGGGCAGGAGAACACACUGCUUCCUCUCGUCCUGCCUGCUACUUCCUGUACCUGGGACUAUAGCUUCCGUCCUGCUGAACACACGCUUUUAUUUUCUAAACUACUCUCAAGCUUUGGGUUUUCUGGAGUGCAGUGUUGCAGCCUCCCCUCCUGGAUCUGAUGCUUACAGGGCAGCUGAGCCAGCCCCUGGCCUCCCUGCGAGGCUCGGGGGAGCCCCACAGCCCCGACACACAGGACCUGAUGGACAAGCCCUUGCUCCUCUCCUCCUCCCCAGCCCUCCUCGAGGAGCACAGCCCCGGAGCGCUCUACGGGGUCCGGGAGGGUUCGGUCCACUCUGAGGCCAGUAGCAGCCCGUCAGAGCAGAGUCAGCCGGCCUACACCCAUCCGGGAUACCCCUUGGGUCCACAGUCUCUGCUGGUGGCCCAGCAGCUUGCCAACGCAGUGGGAGGGGUGAUGUCCGGGGGGGCUCCAGGGAUGAACCAGCCCAUCCUCAUCCCCUUCUCGGCAGGGGGCCACCUGGGGGGCCAGCAGGGCCUUGUCCUGUCCCUGCCCACCGCCAACAUCCAGAGCCUGGUAGCAGCGGCUGCAGCCGGGGGGAUCAUGACCCUGCCACUCCAGAACCUGCAAGCUACCUCAUCGCUGAACUCCCAGCUCCAGCAUCUCCAACACCUCCAGCAGCUGCAGCACCACCAUCACCAGCAACAACAACAACAACAACAACAACAACAACAACAACAUCAACAACAACAGCAAAAACAGCAAAAACAACAGCAACAACAGCAGCAACAGCAGCAGCAGCAUCAUCCGCAGCAUCACCAGACGGUCCUGGGCCACGCCCCCAGCCAGCAUCGCAUGGCGUCGCCCAGUCGACGGCUCUCCUCCACCCCCUCCCCGGGGGGCUCCACGUGCUCCUCCACCUCCGGCCACCAGCCCCUCUCCCCGCCGCACCGGGCCACCCAAUCACCCGCCCGCAGCCUGCCCUCUCCUGUGACUCCGCCCCUGCCGCUGCAGUUGAAUCCUCUGGCCAGCCAGGCAGCGGUUGCCGCGGCAGCAGCCAUGGGCUCCAUUGCCGGUUCCCAGGUGUUCGGCAACACCUUGUCCAACCUCCAGGGGGCGACGGGGCAGCUGGUCACCAAUGCACAGGGACAGAUCAUUGGAACAAUCCCCCUGAUGCCCAACUCAGCCUCCAGCCAAUCAGGAGGGGGCAACCCGGGGAUGCAAGUUCAGCCAAUCACGCCGCAGCUCCUGACCAACGCUCAGGGACAGAUCAUUGCAACGGUGAUCGGCAACCAGAUCCUCCCCGUCAUCAACACCCAGGGAAUCACUCUGUCCCCCAUCAAACCUGGACAACAGCUCCCCCAGCCGCAGGCAGUCCAGGGUGGUCCUGCCUCAUCCCAGGUCGGUCUGCUCCACCCACCCCACAGACAGAGCCCCCUGCAGCACCCGGCCUCCUCCUCGUCCUCCUCCUCCUCUUCCUCCUCUGCCCUCAGCGUGGGACAGCUCGUCAGCAAUCCCCAGAGCGCGCCCAGCGAGGUGGACGGGGUGAACCUGGAGGAGAUCCGGGAGUUCGCCAAGGCCUUCAAGAUCCGCCGUCUGUCGCUGGGCCUCACCCAGACCCAGGUGGGGCAGGCGCUGAGCGCGGCCGAGGGGCCCGCCUACAGCCAGUCUGCCAUCUGCAGACACACCAUCCUGAGAAGCCACUUUUUCCUACCACAGGAAGCCCAGGAGAACACUGUAGCUAAAAGUCUGAACCCUGGCCUUUUGUACCCUGCCAGGUUUGAGAAGUUGGACAUCACCCCUAAAAGCGCCCAGAAGAUAAAGCCAGUUCUGGAGCGUUGGAUGGCUGAGGCAGAAGCCCGCCACCGCUCCGGCAUGCAGAACCUCACCGAGUUUAUCGGCAGUGAGCCGUCCAAAAAACGCAAGCGCAGGACCUCGUUCACGCCGCAGGCCCUGGAGAUCCUCAACAGCCACUUUGAGAAGAACACACACCCCUCCGGCCAGGAGAUGACCGAGAUAGCCGAGAAACUCAACUACGACCGCGAGGUGGUGCGUGUCUGGUUCUGCAACAAGAGGCAGGCCUUGAAGAACACCAUCAAGCGCUUGAAACAACCGGAGCCGGGCCCGGCCGCGUCCAUGGACCCGCUCACUGACUCUAUGGAAGAACUCCCAAAGUAGACCCCCUCGGUGGUAAGGCCCGGGUCUCAGACCAGGGUCUAGAGCCAAGGUCUGUAGCGCAUGGAGGAGGGCGGGGUGCCCUGCGGACCGCCCCCCCCCCUCCCCUGCUUGUGUGAAGUGGACCGGAUGGACGGAGUUCUCAAACCAAACUAUGUGUUGUCAAUGUGAUUCCCACACUUGUGUAAAAUGACCUCGGCAAAACCAAAAAAUAAAUAAAGAAAAAAGAAGGCCAGUAUAAAAAGAAAGAUGAAUAUUUGAGAGUUGUGUACAAACUGUGCUGUGUCUAAGAGUCUACGGUUCUGAUGCCUCGGAGCCCGCUAACGUCCGGACCGUCGGUUCCAGCCGUCGGUUUGUAAGGAAGUCAUACCAAAUCAAAACACUAUUUACCAAAGUCUGUUGCAUCCGAGUACAAAAAUAAUUUUGUAAUGUAAAUGUGCUCUAAAUUUCUACAUUUGUACUGGCAAAUCAAAGCUCUAUGUGUGCGGUCGACAUUUUAACGCCUCUUCCGGCUUUUCCUUUGUCCUUCAUUUGAUUUUGUGUAAAUAACGAGAAAAAUAAAUGCUGUCUUCAGAUUGCAACCACACUUUUAAAAGAAAAAGCUGUUUUUGGAAGAAAAAAAAGAAUCAAGUAUCUUUUCUGUUUAACAAUAAUACAUAUUGUUGACCACCUCCAAACUGCAGAUGAUCUGAGUGUGACAUUUGUAAGACUGCACAGGUGAUUGAUGAAUCAUUUUAAACAGCUGGAGGGGGAGAGGGUCGGUCUGUCAUUCUGUUACCAAAGCCUGAUAGCCAAAGAUCUCAUCACUUCAGCUCGAGGACUGGGAAUGAUUUAGACAUUCAUUCCAUUCUUUGAUUAUCUGUUAUUUAUGGGUUUAUUGAUUUGAGUGUUGUUGUGAUGUAGUUCGAACCAUUCUUUCUCGAAACGUUUUGAGUCAAAACAAGGUUUAAAAGACAAUUCCUAUGUGACAGGGCUCUCCCUACAGCCAGCUCCUCCUCCUGGACCAAACGCUUUAGCAGGGCCUCACGUCGGGUGGGCCGAACAUCACGGUGAUAUCAAUACAUUGGUUUUGAUAUUAGAAUUGUAAUUAUUAUAAUGAUCUCCUAUAACUGUGUGUGUUUGAAAUCUGCUUAGUAAGUCCAAAACGACCAAGCUUUAAUUAACUCCAAUCAGUAUUAAACCUUUUUAUGCUCUCCUUUUUAUUUUAAACCCUUUUAUUUAUUUUUGAGAGGAAGAAAACUGAAUCAUUUAGUUUAUUUUUUUAUUUUUUGUAUUGUUGUUUCUUUUAAACUGUAAAUGUCCGAAGGAUGCUGCAGUGAAUAAUUAGUGGAAACAUUACAUUACAGUUAUUUUACAUGUCUGUCUUAAGAAGGGUAAUUUAAAGUUGUCGAGCCCAGAUUUUGUUCUUAUUUUAGUUGCAUUAUUAUCAUUAUUUGAUGUGUUAUUUAUUCAUGUACAUGUUCUCCUAGCACCCCGUUCUGAAAGUGCACAUCUUGCAGAAAGCUGAGAAUAAGUGGCAGAUGUCGGCUCCGCUCCGCUGCAGUGGAGAUCCACCGCCGUGUUUUCACCGUCACACGUCCCCUCGCUCCGUCCCCACAUGUCACUUUGGUUAAACCAGUCCACACUACGCUCCUGGCUCCAAACCCCACACACACUCACACACACAUAAACACACACACACACACACAAACACACACUUUCACACACAUACACACACACACAUACACACGCACACACACACAUCAGAUGCUCCACGCACACAUACACACACGGUGGUUGAUAAAUAUUUCAAAAACACAUUUAUUACAGUUUCAACACUGAAACCUUUGCAUGCUAAUUGGAUGUAACUGUUUUAGAUUCAAAAAAGCAUUCAGACAGAUCUGGAGCACUAUUCAAAACGUUUACACAAUCCUAUUUUUUGAUUGCAGAAGGCUCCAGAUGUAGCUUCUAGCAUAGCAGCUAACCUGGCCAACGUUGGUCAGAGGAGACCAUAACCACGGUGAUCUAUGUCUUUCACAGUUAACUCGAAAGAACAUGCAACUUUUAGACUCCACGGUGACCACAACGGGUUCAUUUCCUCUGGAAAGUCCCUCCUACUUAUGAUCAGUAUCCAACCAUUUCCAUCCGAGAAUACAUCAAUCAACAAGGAGCAGGGUCUACUUGGACGACUGGCCUUCUGCUCCCUGUUGGGACCCUAGUUUGGGUCUUUAGCCCAACACAGCAGCAGGAGCUAGAGCCAAACUCACAGGAGAUGUUGUCUGUCUGGAUGCACCUUGGCUUGCCAAUACCAAAGACCACCGUCGAGGCGCUCUUCACAGCCGCACGCACCUGAGGUUGACAACCCGGUAGAUACGGGAGAGGAGGAAACACAAGGGGUUUGGGAAAUUCAAAGUAUUUUUAAUCCAUUUCAGGUUUACCUCAGUAUCCCCCCCUGCUCCUUAUGUCGGUGUUACAGUAGAGUGUGUGUUAAGGGAAUAUGGACACGGAGACAGGGUCUUUUAUUGAAUUCAGCAAAGCAUUUAUGAUUUAUUUAUCUUAUUAUUUGUUUAUUCCAUGUCCUGCUCAGUAGAUCUCCAUCUGAUAGACGAGUAGAGCCCAAACUCCGACCAGAAGGGAAAAAAAAUGAUCACUAUGGAAUGGAAACUGUUAUUUAUAUGUUGUUCCUAUGUUUUUAACAUGUUAUUCAUUAUUUAUUCAUAGGAACCAAUUAAACCAAAGCUGAGGGGUCUGCAGGGGCUGGUUUUAUUUUAUAAGCUGAGAGCUGAACUGAAUAUAUACAGCAAUAUCGGUUUGGUCAGUUAAGCAGCACUUUGUGUAUUUCUAAAGAAUAAAAAAUAAUGUUCCGCAAUUCUGUCAAAUUCAUACAAUUAGUAAUAAACGAUUGUUUGACAUGAAA